AUGGCCCGGCCAAUGCUCCCCGAUUGUCGCCCUCAACAAACAAAAGCAACCGUAGACUUUUUGAAGCGGUUUACCGACCAAGAAACACAACGGCGGAUCGCGAACCAGCCGAAGCCGUUCUCGGCUGAGGAGCAUGCCAACCUACGCAAGCAGCUUAAGAGCGUCAACUUCAUCAAGCCGAGAUAUGCAGACGAAACCGAGAUCAAUAUUGCGGUCGUAUGCAGGAAAUGGAAACGUUACUGUCAAGAGCAGAAGCUCGGUGAAUGGCAAGCGGCCUUGGAAAACGUAACUCGCGAGACAAUGAUGAGCUUCUUUCUCCGGAUCAGCGAGUGGUCGAUAGGGAAAAUCAAAUCAUGGGGUACGACGCAGGUAUAUAUCCGGCAGUUUCAGCAGCUAUACACCACCGUCGCCGGUCGCUACAUGGACAGGAAUGAUGCGAAAGAGCUCUACAAGUUCCACCACACGAUCCUGAUUCCCCGCUUCGGAUACCGGGCACCUAACAUCAACGGGAAGCCAGUCCUCGGAGCCGAUAACCUGCUGGCCAUCUUGACAUUCAACAUUGCGUAUGAUACGGGUAUCUUCCCGUCAGAACGGCAGCGCACUCAGCUGGCUGGUUGCUACCAGCUCCUCUGCUACACUGGCGCGCGACCUGCCGAGGUUGUGCAUGCCGAAAGGAAAAAACCCAAAGACGGAUGCACGGACGAGAUUUUCAAGCUCCAAGGCGUCAAGUCCCUUGAUCAUGAGUGUGGCAAAGACGCAGAGAACGUGGACUAUGAUGACCAACCACCACAAGACAAAGACUCCCUUCUCCUCGACCGACUGUUGAUACAAGAAACAGUUGGGCGGGGGCGUCCGAAAGCCUUGUGCUAUGAGGACAUACUCAUGAUGAUUGUUCGCCAUCCAGUGACGGGACGAGCCGUACCGGCGAUGGCCGUCAAGUUCAUCCACCACAAAGGGGCUGACAAUAAGCCAAGGCCGACUGUCUUUUUCUUUACGCCUGCAAGAAGGUUCAUCUUCUGUGCCGUCAGCACCAUCAUCGCUCUAGCGCUCCAUGACCAGGCUUUCGACGCAGCAAGCCUGACAGAUGCAACCCAGGUCCUAAGAGCAGAGGUCAGGGGUCCAGUCCAGUCUACGGCUUUGCGGUGGAAGCAGUCAAUGCUCAAGGUUCCGGUUUUUCGAAAGCUCAGCGGCGGUGCGUUGGCCGUCGACGAGGCCAUGAGCUAUUCCAAAUUACGAGACGACAUGGGCCGACAGAGCCUUGAUGCAGGUUUCGAGAAGGCCUGGACGCCACGGUUCGCCCGAAGAGGGGCGGCGAAUGCAGCAAAUGGUAGGUUGAAGUGA